AUGUCACUGACCCAGAGCUCAGCCGAAUCGACAACACCAGCGAUGCCGCAAAACUGGACAGUACCGCCAUUAGUUCCAGAAAUUGUGAAGCAAUUACUUAGCUCAGCCGAAUCGACAACACCAGCGAUGCCGCAAAACUGGACAGUACCGCCAUUAGUUCCAGAAAUUGUGAAGCAAUUACUUGUUACUGCGUUAACUCAUAAGAUACAUCAAACGAAACUUGCAAUCAUGAAGCUGAAAAUUGAGCCAGGCUUGCAUUUCAAAUAUUUUCUCAAAAAAUAA